UUACCAUCUUUCCUCCUCAUUAUAUCAAGGACUCGAACUCUAACGUCUCAAAAAUCAAAAGACAUGACAGACCCAAAACAACAAGAAUCAAUAGCCUCCACCACCCACCACCUCACCAUCCCAUCAGGUUUAACUCAGUCCGAAUUCGAAGAGUUAGCCCCUCUCAUAACCGAGUUCCACACCUACAGAAUCAGAGCAGGUCAAUGCUCCUCUCUUCUAGCCCAACUCAUAAGCGCUCCUAACGACGCCGUCUGGUCUAUUGUCCGCCGUUUUGACAAGCCACAGACCUACAAGCACUUCAUCAAGAGCUGCAGCGUAGGUCCAGGAUUUACAAUGACCGUCGGAUCCACACGAGACGUGAACGUGAUCUCUGGCUUGCCUGCAGCAACAAGCACGGAGAGGCUUGAUAUAUUGGAUGAUGAGCAGCAGGUCACGGGGUUUAGUAUUAUUGGGGGAGAGCAUAGGUUGAGGAACUACAGGUCGGUGACGACAGUGCAUGGGUUCGAACGUGAAGGGAAGAUCUGGACCGUUGUUUUAGAAUCCUAUGUCGUUGACGUACCUGAAGGGAAUACCGAGGAAGACACGCGGCUGUUCGCUGAUACUGUUGUCAAGCUGAAUCUCCAAAAACUUGCGUCUGUUGCUGAAAGCUUGGUUCGAGACGGUGACGGUAAAUAAGUAACCC